UUGGUCCAAAAAAAAAAAAAAAUACGACGCGCCAAACUCUUGAAAUAAAAAAAAUUGUGACCUCUUUUUUUUUACCUUGCUUAUUCGUUUUUUAUUUUAAAAAUUAAAUUGUAAUUUUUUUUCCUUCAUUUUUUUCUUUUUUAUUUGUUGCAUCAAAUCCCCUCCCAAAAAAAAUAAAAAUUACUCCAUUUAUCUUUUUACAAUGUCCGAGGUCAAGACUUUUACUUCCGAGCAUGUCGCUGAGCACAACACGCGCAAAGACAUCUGGGUUUCCAUUCACGGCAAGGUCUACGAUGUGACGAAAUUCCUUGACGAGCACCCCGGUGGUGAAGAGGUUAUUUUGGAGUGCGCCGGUCUGGAUGCCACCGAGGCCUUUGACGACAUUGGCCACUCCGAGGAUGCCCGCGAGUUGCUCAAGGAUUUUUACGUUGGUGAACUUGAUGGACCUUGCAAGAAAACCGACUCGCGUAACACCAAUGACACUGAUGAGCAUGGCCAGGUCCGUACCAAACAGAACAGCAAUUCUUGGGGAAUCCUGAUCCCUCUGGCAUUUGUCGUUCUUGUUGUUGCCUACAAGAUGUAUGCUUAAAAUAAAUAUGAAAAAAAUCACAAGUCUCUUCUUCGCAUCGUCGUUUGAUCUCCCGCUUAGCCUUUAAUAUUUUUCUUUUAUUAGGCGAUGAGGGGGUUCCCGAGUUUUUGAUGUAUUAAAUUUAAUUCUUUUUCUUUAUCGAACCACAUAAACAAACAAAUAAGAAAGAAAGAGAAAAAA